AUGGGCGAAACCCGACGAGGCGUUCUCGCCGGAUCUCGACCACAACCGAACUUCCGCCUCACGUGGAUUUUUAAUGCAAUUUUUUCAAUGUACGUUCCAGGAUCCAUGGAUUGUCUACGUGGCACAACAGAGAUCUCUAAUAGAGUUGAUUAUAUUGUUGACCUUUUUGAUUGGCUGGUUAAGGGUGAUUCGGGUGAGGUGUGCAGUGUGAUGAGGUGGGUUGGCAAGUUGGUUAGUGAUAAAUGGGGAGGGUGGCUUUGA